GUUCGGCUUUACCUUUAACUGGAUAUGUCUCAUCCUCCACGUUCAUUGAUCUUUAUCCUCCGGAGAAUGCCAUAAAUCCAGAUAAACAAAGUUGUACGCGCAUAAAGAAGGCAAACCCACGUUGGUGGCGUAUCGACCUAAAGAAGGUUUACCACGUGCUCUCUGUAGCUAUUACCAUACCUAUGUCAGACAUACAGCUUUACCAGCAGUUUACCAUCUCUGUUAUUAAUUUAAAAAACAACCGGCCCAUCUACAAUAAAUGUUCAUCUUUCAAAGGAAUGUUUCUUUUGCAGCAGACAGUAUUUGUCUGUAAUGAUGGCCAAGGAAUAGCUGGUCAAUAUAUUCAUAUUAAUGACGACAGACCUCAAUUUAAAUAUUUCGGGUUAUGCCAAGUGGAGGUCUUUAUACGUAAAGAGAUCACCUGCCAGUUGCUGAAUGAUAUACAAAAUGGAAUAGUAUUGACGACAAAACUUAGGCAACAACGUCCUGUUCAGGGAAGUAUAGCUUCAUAUUCUUGCAAAAGAGGUUAUGUCCUGCAUGGAAAUGCUACCAGAGUAUGUCAAGAUGAAGGAGGCUGGAGUGGAGAAGAUCCAGAAUGUCAUCAGGUCACCUGCCGCUUGCUGGAUGAUAUUCAAAAUGGAAAGGUAUGGAUAACGAAACUUAGGAAACAACGUCCUGUUCAGGGAAGUAUAGCUUCCUACUCUUGCAAAAGAGGUUAUGUUCUACAUGGAAAUGCUACCAGAGUGUGUCAAGACGAUGGAGGCUGGAGUGGAGAAGAUUCAAAAUGUCAUUCUAUUCAGUGUGGCACUCCUCUACCUCUACUGGGAGGGAAGUACAUUCUUUUAAAUGAGACCACGACCUACCACAGUGAAGCAGAAUUAAAAUGCUUAGGUCCAUAUAAAGUCUCUGAUCCUAUGCCACUCAUCAGAUGUCAGGAAAACGGGAGCUGGAGUUUACCACAAGCUAGUUGUAUUAUCCAAGUUCAGACAGAUGCAGAUAUGAAACAGUUGGAGGAUGGAAAUGACUCUACCCUUGGUAUCAUUAUUGGAAUUGUACUGCUGGGGAUUAUUGUGAUUCUGUUUGUGAUUGGAUUUAUCAUACUGAGAAGAAAAAGAUGUGCUUUAGAAAAACAGUGUAUCUCUCUCCCUUCAAGAGAAUUGAACAGCUUUGCAUCAUCCUCUUACCUGGCCAGUACACACACUUCAGCUAAUUAUUCACUUUACCAAAACAAAGAUCACUGCUCAGAAUUGCCAUUAGAAAAUAGCAAUCAGAAGUCUAGAGUUAUUGAUUCAACCAACAAGGACAUUGAUACCUUUAGUAACAUUGAACCUCCAAGUGACUACAGCUCCCCAAACUUAACUUCUAUUAAAGAAAAUGGUAAUUCUUCAACCAGUAAAAGUUCAACCUCUAAAGAAACUAUUUACCAAAAUAUUCACCUCUGUAAAAAUGAUUUAAAUAAUGUUGAAACCAAACAAAAAGGAAUGGAUAAUAAACACCCUAAUAAUAAUAAUUCUAAAUCUUCCAUACCAGUAGUACUAGAUCCUGCUAUCUUAGUUUUAUAUGCUAAAGUGGAUUUUGACAAAACAAAGUCAAAGAAUUUAGAAACGUGUCACAGUUUUGGUGAAUUUGAGGCUGAUAGAGGAAAAGCUUUGAAUUCAGACUCAAGAAAGGAGAAUUCUGAUUCUUUGAAUUUGUCACAAUUUAGUAGCAGUGAUGCUAAAACUUCAGGCCACUCCAAUGCUGUACCUUUCAGAUUAUGUGAGCUUUCAGUCAUCCCACCAAAAGAGGAAACAAAUUGUUUAGGAAGUGAUAGAAAUCAUACAAACGGCACUCAUAUGCUUCUGUCUGAAGAACCUUGUGUUUUUCUUGAUAAUGCCAUCUAUGCUGGAGAAGACAAUAAUGCUACGGUUAUGAUUGAAAAUGAUUUAUAUUCCACAAUUUGAUAAAAAGUUUUUACAAUGUUAAUAAAAUACUCUACAUAAUUUUUGAAAUAUUUAUUUUAUUUGCAGGGGCUGAUUCAGGAAGGGGUGGUUAUAGUGGCUAACCACCACUAAUAUGUUAAUAUAGUUUAAAAUGUUUUCUGGGAAAGCAUGCUCCAAACACUAUCAAGUAGCUGCCCCUCUAAAUAAAAUCCUGGAUCAGCUUUGGUUUGAAAAGCUUAUUUAGUUUCUUUUUGUUUUAAUUAAACAUAGAAUGAUGAAAAUAAUGUUGUUCAUGUUUAUCUAAGCAAAACAAUUAUUUAGCAUGAAUAUUAUAAAUAUAUUGAAUAUAUUACUAUUAUAACUAUCACAUGAAAUUUAUUAUGAAGUUAGAAUAACCUACCUUACAACAAAAAUGUAACUAAAUACUUUAAAUGGUUUCAGAAAUGUUUACUUUACUUGCAGGGGCUGAUUCAGGAAGGGGUGGCUAUAGUGGCUAAUCACCACUGUACCUGUUUUCUUUAGUAUAUAUUUGGAAUCAGUCAGUUAAUACAGUUUAAAAUGUUUUCUGGAAAAGUAUGCCCCAAACACCAUAAGGUAGCUGCCCCUCUAGAUAAAAUCCUGGAUCAGCUUUGGUUUGAAAAUCUUAUUUAGUUUCUUUUUGUUUUAAUUAAACAUAGAAUGAUGAAAAUAAUGUUGUGUUCAUGCUUAUCUAAGCAAAAUAAUUAUUUAGCAUGAAUAUUAUAAAUAUAUUACUAUAAUAACUAUUACAUGAAAUUUAUUAUGAAGUCAAAAUAAG